CCGCGGCGGGGCGGGGGAGGGGGCCGCGCGGCGGCGGCGCCGGGCGGGCGCGCGUCCGCGGCGGUGAUGGCGGUGCGUGAACGCGCGGCGGCAGCAAUGGCCGCUCUGGAGCGGCGGGUGCCGAGUCUCGAUGACUUCGCGGGACAGAGCUGGAGCUCGUGGGUGGAACGGGCCGACCUGCCCGCGGCCGACGGGGCUGAGCUGGAGGAGACCAACAAAAGCACCAAGAAGCUGGAUGCCAUGACCCUCAUUAAAGAAGACAUGUCCAUCUUCGGGCACUGCCCCGCCUACGACGACUUCUACCUGGUUGUGUGUAACCACUGCAGCCAAGUGGUGAAGCCCCAGGCCUUCCAGAAGCACUGCGAAAGAAGACAUGGGCCCCUCAGCAAGCUUUACGCCCGGGCCCCACCCCCACCUCCAGCCCCCGCCAGCUCUCAGAAAUGCCAUGUAGUGAAUGGGCAGGGCCCAGCUUGUAGGGCCCCAGGUUCCACCAAAACCUCCUCCAGGGAGAAGGGCCAGGGGUCCCGGAGCCGUGGCCACCCACCUCCUGAGAAGAGCCAGAAGGACAAUCUCUGCCUGUUCGUGCCGGUGGUGAAUCUGGAGAAGAUGUCUGGCCUCCCCAAGCCCGACGGCCCCGGAGUCAGGGUGGCCCCGCCCCCCGCCUUCCUCAGCCCGCCCAGCGGCCUCCCCAAGGACGCCCCCGGGAAGCCCCCCGUGGCGCCCCCUCCGAAGGAGCCUCCGGGCAGAGAGAGCAGCAGGAUGACCCCCGGCGAGGGCCCCGGUCACCGGGCGGAAGGCAGCCCCCCCGAAAAGGAGCCUGCUGGGGCCAGGCUGCCCCCCAAGACCCACCGGAAAGUGGCUCGGAAGGAGUGCGACCUCAACAGGCAGUGUGGGGUCCUAAACCCGGAGACCAAAAAGAUCUGCACCCGCCUGCUCACCUGCAAGAUCCACUCGGUGCACCAGCGCCGGGAGGUCCAGGGCCGGGCCAAGGACUUCGACGUGCUGGUGGCAGAGCUGAAGGCCAGCUCCCGCAAAGGGGAGUCCCCGAAGGAGAAGAGCCCGGGGCGCAAGGAGCCGGCUCCCGAGCGCCCCUCCCAGGAGCCCCCGCCCUCAGCCCCGGUGGCGGCAGCAGCGGCUGCUCCCAGCAGCACCUUCCCUGCGCGCGCCAAGCAGACCUAUCCCUACUGUGCGCUGCCCAGGUCCCGGGCCUCCUCUGAGAGUGAGGUGGACGAUGAAGGCCCCUGUGGUGGUGAUGGGGACCCAGGCCUGUUCCCCUUCCCCCUGCCCCGGGGUGGGGCCCAGGCCUCCAGCGAGGAGAGUGAGGAGGAGGGGCCAUCCGAUGACCUCCACCUCCCCCCUGACUGCCAUUAUGCAACCCGGCCCCCCAGGCCACAGGCGUUCUGCACCUUCGGGAGCCGGCUGGUGAGUCCGGGCUGCUACGUGUUCAGCCGCAGGCUGGACCGCUUCUGCUCGGCGCUGAGCUCCAUGCUGGAGCAGCACCUCAGCUCACACAUGUGGAAGAAGAUCCCGCCAGCAGCCGAGCCUCCAUCCCACCUGGCCAGCGCCCCCCUCCCGGCUCCCCCGAGCCCCGCCUCUAUGGGCAGCUGCCCCCACCUUCCAGGCCCGCCCCCCAGACCUGCUUGCCCGGCGUCCACGCCCCUCACCAAGGACAGCCUGGUCCCCAGCUACCCUGCCGGCUCCCCCAGCGUGGCAGCCGCCUGCAGCCAGGCGGAGUGCACGGGCGGCAGCCAGGCCAUCACCUCGCCGCUGCCUGCCAACACGCCCUCGCCGUCCUUCAGCAAGCUCCCGCCGACCAAGGCCAGCAAGUCGUCCAAAGGCAAGGACGGGGCCGAGGCGGAGGCGCCCUCCCGGAAGCGGAAGCUGUCCCCCGGCCCCACGACUUUCAAACGGACCUGCGUCCUGGAGCCCGCGGGCAAGGGCAAGCCCGCCGGCUGCCGGGGCCUCUCGGCCAAGACCAAGACCGCGCUGGGCGCGGGGCUCAACGGGACGGUGGUGCCGAGGGUGAAGCGGGCGGGGCCCCCGGACUGCCGGGGCCCCCCUCACCAGCCCCCCACGCCGGACAGCCAGGGCCCGGCCGGACACCCAGCCACGGCCCUGCCGGGCGGCUGCCUCUCCGAGGAGGAGGCGGCCAAGAAGCGGAAAAACCUGGCCACGUACUGCCGGCCGGUGAAGGCCAGGCACUGCCCGGCGGGCGCCCCCGCCGACGCGGCCUGCCCCGUGCGCCGCAAGAAGGCCCUGGCCUUCGAGGAGGUUUCUGCACUGAAGUCAAAAGCCCAUUAACGAGAAAGUGCCUGCCACCGACGGAGCCGCCAGCACCUCCUCCCCUCCAGAUCCGGGCCCCCGGCUGCUGCCGCUUUUUAUAACUUUAUAUUAUUUUUUUUAAGAAAAGAAAAAAAAAAAAAAACCUCUUUAAAAUACCUCAA